AUGUCUCUGGAUUCAUGUCCAAUGAAGGAGCGCGCGCGAGGGCUCUGGAACCGAACUCUUACUGCGAGAGCUCCUCGUCGCUUGCUGUAGUCUUCAAAGCCACUCCAACACAACGCACAUCAUAUGUGGAGCUUUUCCAAUGCAAUAUGAGUGAUUUAUCUCAUGAGGGGUGAGACAGCACUGUGGAAGGUGUAGAACAGGGGAGGACAGAGAGCCGUUUUGCAACCCCUUGGUUGUGACGAGUCCAGGAUUCCCGGAAAAUUUAAGUAUGUUUGAUCAUCUAAAGUAGAGCGAAUCUUCAGAAUUUCGUCGGACUAGGGGAUGGACAUCCGAAGUAACUCAAACGAGUUCAUUUUCUGUCGACAAAUGUUGGCUGUCGAAUAUCCUUGAAAUUAAAAAGUGUGUGGUAUCCGUCCUCACCGUUUUUUUUAUUUGACUAAAGUAAAAAAAAAAAAAAAAUGGUUCCGCAGUUUUUCCCGCUUUGGCUUGUGCUCUGAUCAUUUCAUUUCAAACGUUGUGAACUGACUUGAACCGGAGAGACCGUGCUUUAUGCUGUAACACAUUUAGAAAACAAACUCAAACAUACUCAAACGACUGGAUAUACUUUAUUGAAACCAGCUUCAAUUGAUAAUCUGAUUUUGUUGCAGGGAUUGUCAAAAUCAGCUGCCACCCGAAGUGUGAAAGAUGAAGCCCUCAGCCCUCAUGUUCCUCCUUAUCAGCUCUGCCGCCUGCAUCAAUCUCAAAUACAUCUCCAAGAGAAACUCGGUGGACGGCUGCAUCGAUUGGUCGGUAGACCUGAAGAGGUACCGGGUCCUAGCAGGGGAACCAGUGAGGGUGAAGUGCGCCCUGUUCUACAGCUACAUCAGGACCAACUACUCCAUGACUCAGAGCGCCAAGCUCCGGCUCAUCUGGUACAAAAACAAAGGGGACUCUGAGGAGCCUAUCAUCUUCUCCGGCCAUCGGCUCAGCAAGGAGGAUGACUCCAUCUGGUUCCGCUCAGCUGAGCUGGAGGACAACGGCUUCUACACCUGCGUCCUGAGAAACUCCACCUACUGCAUGAAGGUGUCCAUGUCCUUGGCGGUAGAGGAGAACGACGAGGGCCUGUGCUUCAACAGUAAAAUACGUCACCUGGAGAAAGCCGAGAUCACUAAGAGCAAGAUGAUCAACUGCCCCGACAUCGAGGAUUACCUCGCCCCUUACAAGCAGCCCCAGAUGACCUGGUAUAAGGAGUGUGAGAAGAGGACGUGGCGGAGCUCCAUCAUGGUGAACAUCACCAACAUCUGGUUUCCUGAGGUGCAGGAGGACGACGGGGGGAACUACACCUGUGAGCUCAAGUAUGGCAGCCGGGUGGUGAGGAGGACCACGGAACUCAAAGUCACAGCUCUCCUCACAACCAGACCCCCAAAGGUCCUGUUCCCCACUGAGAGACAGGCCAGUGUUAUAGAUGUCCAACCGGGUAUGCCCCUCAGUCUAGACUGUAAGGCCUUCUUUGGCUACAGCGGGGAGUCUAGACAUAUCAUCUACUGGAUGAAGGGGGAGAAGUUUGUGGAGGAGCUGGCAGGUCACAUUAAAGAAAGUGAAGUCAGGGUGCUGAAGGAACACUUGGGGGAAAAGGAGGUGGAGCUGUCCUUAACCUUUGACGCGGUGGAGGAGACGGACCUGGGAAACUACACCUGCUAUGUGGAGAACCACAUUGGACGGAGGAGCGGCAGCGCCAUCCUGCAGAAAAGAGACAUGUACAGGCUAGAGCUGGCUGGUGGACUGGGAGCCAUCCUGCUGCUGCUGGGAGUCUUCACGGCCAUCUACAAGUGCUACAAUGUGGAGAUCAUGCUCUGCUACCGGAGGCACUUUGGGAGUGACGAGACAGAGGACGACAACAAGGAGCAUGAUGCCUAUCUGUCCUACACAAGAGUUGAGCUGGAUUCCAUGGACAGGGGCUCCAGUGAAGAGGAGCAGUUUGCUCUGGAGAUCCUCCCAGAUGUUCUGGAGAAACACUACGGAUACAAGCUCUUCAUCCCCGACCGGGACCUCAUCCCCACCAGUCACAGCAUCUACAUUGAGGACCUGGCGCGGAGCGUGGAGCAGAGCAGACGGCUCAUCAUCGUGUUGACUCCUGAGUUUGUGGCCAAGCGUGGCUGGAGCAUCUUCCAGCUGGAGACUCGGCUCCACAGCAUGCUGGUGACCGGAGAGAUCAAGGUGAUUAUGAUCGAGUGUGCCAACCUCAAGAGCGUCAUCAACUACCAGGAAGUGGAGGCCCUGAAGCACACCAUCAAAGUCCUCUCCAUCAUCAAGUGGAGGGGCCCCAAGAGCAAUGAGCUCAAGUCUAUGUUCUGGAAGCAGGUGAUAUACGAGAUGCCGGUGAAGAGGAAAGAGAUGCUGUCUCGCCGGCAGGUGCUAGACUCCAGGGAGCAGGGUCUGUUCGGCGACCUGCAGACGGUCUCCACCAUCGCCAUGACGACCACAUCUGCCUCGAUGGUGCCCGCCCACCACGCUGAGAUUCCAGACUUUAACCAGACCAGCCACCCUCAGAUGAGACACUACUGCACCCGUAGCUACGAGUAUAAGAUGCCUGCCUCCCCCGUGCAGAUAGCCACCUUGAGUAACCGUCACAUAUACUGCAAUAUCCCCAUGGCGCUGCUCAACGGACAGGUGACUCAGAACAACACGAUGGGAAAGAGCAAGCAGGAGAUCCACUUGAACAGCACUUUCGUCCCUCUAUCUGGGGGGGAACACACAAGUGAUAUCUGGUAGACUGAUAUCCAGCUUGAUGCCACAUCUCUUAUGUCUUUGUCUUUUAUCUGCAUGAAGAUUCAUUUAGACAAAACACUGAUGACAAAAACCAUUCUGCACACAAUCAUUUCUCGCUGACUAUUUUCAUUAGCGGUUAAAUGUUUUCUGGAUUUGUCUUUUUUCGUUCAGUCUUUAAGGAAAUCAAGGACAAAGGGAGUUGCUCCAGUCAUCAUUUUCUUACUUGAAAAAUGUCUCCUUUUUUGAGAUGAGUAAUACAUGAAAAAACCUUGUUUUUAAUGUUCAAGGUAUUGUUAUUAUGUACAGUUUUCAUAUCUUCUAUAGACAUUCAUGAUGAUUCCUUUAAGAUUUUAAUGGUGUGAGUAUGUGAGUGAAUCCAAAUUGAAAGAUUCUGACCUGUGAUUUUUUUCAUGGGAAAAGGGAAUGUUUCUCAUUGCAGCACAAUUCUGUCAAGAUGGACUGAAAACAUUCUCUGUGAGCUUUAAAAAUGUUACAGUAUAUUUAAGCAAAUCAAUAAUGUUUGAAUUUACACAAGCUAUUGUCAUUGUUUGAGGCCAAUUAAAUAUGAAUAUUUGAAUUGUUUAAUGCAGUAUUUGUUUGAGUUGUAGUCUGUGACUAGUUGCUGUCUCUUGAGUUCUGCCUGUUACUUUGCUUAUUUUAGUUGUACAAAACAAGAAGCCUUUUUCUCUGCUGAAUUCCUCCCCUGCUUCACCUGCCUUCCUUCCUCUGUUGGCCAUAUUGUUUUCAGAUGGCCAUUGAGUUGUCUUUUUGAGGAUGAGCCGCUCUCCAAAUGGUACAGAUGGACUCGGUGGUGCUUUCGGAAACGAUGGUAGUUUUGACUGAAUGUAUUGUAGAAAUGAAAGGGAACUGGAAUCACCUGAGAGAUAUUUGCAUUUGUAUCUAUUUUAUUUGAUUGAUUUCAUUUGCUCAAUGAGAAGAGAAUAGUCUUAUAGAAUCAUCCUCUUUUCAGUUGCUCUGCUAUUUUGAUCUUAGAAAAUGAAUCCUAUUUGUCUGCAAUGAUUUGUAAUAUAGCAGCCUCUAUCUGUCUCAUUGAGUUAUAGAGGAAUAAUCAGCUUCUAAUGUGUCUCAUUGAGUUAUAGAGGAAUGAUCAGCCUCUAAUCUGUCUCAUUGAGUUAUAGAGGAAUGAUCAGCCUCUAAUCUGUCUCAUUGAGUUAUAGAGGAAUGAUCAGCCUCUAAUCUGUCUCAUUGAGUUAUAGAGGAAUGAUCAGCCUCUAAUCUGUCUCAUUGAGUUAUAGAGGAAUGAUCAGCCUCUAAUCUGUCUCAUUGAGUUAUAGGAAUGAUCAGUCUCUAAUCUGUCUCAUUGAGUUAUAGAGGAAUGAUCAGCCUCUAAUCUGUCUCAUUGAGUUAUAGGAAUGAUCAGUCUCUAAUCUGUCUCAUUGAGUUAUAGGAAUGAUCAGUCUCUAAUCUGUCUCAUUGAGGUAUAGAGGAAUGAUCAGCCUCUAAUCUGUCUCAUUGAGUUAUAGAGGAAUGAUCAGCCUCUAAUCUGUCUCAUUGAGUUAUAGGAAUGAUCAGUCUCUAAUCUGUCUCAUUGAGGUAUAGAGGAAUGAUCAGCCUCUAAUCUCUUUUAUUGAGUUAUAAGAAUGAUCAGCCUCUAAUCUCUCUCAUUGAGUUAUAGAGGAAUAAUCAGCCGAAAUGCCAAGAUUGUAACAAAGAUGACUUGGUGACCUUCAAGAGUAAACUAAAACACUAACGGCAGGAGGUCAAAGAGAUUGCAGCGAUCAUUUUGAACCGUUGUUGAACUGCACACGGAUGUCUUCUUCAACACCAGUUAUACAUCGUAUAAGUUUAUUUAAUGCCUUUUUGUCUGUUUGCAAGCUGAUGGAUUUUGAUAGAGCAUCAAUGUGCAUUCUCUACUUAUAUGAUGAAAUCCAAUUUUGUUGGACCCUUGCGAAUGGCUGUAUAUUAAAUCAUG